GCUGAGGCGGCCUCGUCAGUUUGAGAUAGGCAGGCGCACUUUGCCCGGGAGCCUCAGAGUGCCGGUGCGCAUCUUUCCCUUGGUCCAACCGUGCCGUGUCUUUGCAGCUGAGAGCCGGAGUGCGCUGGGGGAGCAGUCCGCAGGCAAGAUGUCCGUCUCAACCCAGCUGGGAUUGCUCCUGUGGAAGAACUUCACCUACAGAAGGAGACAAACACUCCAGCUACUGAUCGAGAUAGUAUGGCCCCUCUUCAUCUUCUUCAUCUUGAUAUCCGUGAGGCUGCAUUACCCUCCCUACGAGCAACAUGAAUGUCACUUCCCUAACAAGGCCAUGCCCUCGGCGGGGACACUGCCCUGGGUCCAGGGCAUCAUCUGCAACGCCAACAACCCCUGCUUCCGCUACCCGACCCCCGGGGAGUCCCCUGGAGUGGUGGGCAACUUCAACGACUCCAUAAUCUCCCGCCUGUUCACCGACGCCAAGAAGAUUCUGUUGUACAGCCAGAACGACAAGAGCUUCGAGGGCUUCAAGGGCCUGGUCCGGGCCCUGAGGAACAUGCAGCAGCGUACGGCAGGUUUCAAGCUGAAGGACUUCCUCCGCGACAAUGAGACCCUGUCGUCGUUCCUGGAGCGCAAUGCCUCGCUCUCACAGCACGCCGUCCGGGAGAUCGUGGAGGCCGACGUGAACCUGGAAAAGGUGUUGAUCAAAGGAUUCGGCGUUCAUCUGAGGGACAUGUGCAACACCACCUUGCUGGAAGACUUUGUGACAAUCUCAGACAGGAGCGUCAUGCUGCUCACCCAGGACAUCCUCUGCACCUCCUCCACGCCGUGGCUCAACCAGGCCGAGAGUCACUUCCUGUCCAACCUGGACUUCCUGAAACCCAUACGGAAGGACGUGAAGUCGGACCCCAAGUAUGUCCAGGAGGUGUCCGUCGCCACAGACCGUCUCCUGGAGAGUCUGGGAUCCCUGGCGGUGGAGCUGGCCAGCAUGAAGAGCUGGCGGGACAUGCGCAACGAGGUCCUCUACCUGACGGCCAACGCCACCGGCUCCCCCAGCCUCAUGUACCAGGCCGUCUCACGCAUCGUCUGCGGGCACCCCGAGGGCGGUGGCCUCAAGAUCAAGUCCCUCAACUGGUACGAGGACAACAACUACAAGGCCCUGUUCGGCAACCACAACAGCAGCGAGGACGAGCCCGUGUCCGUCUACGACAACUCCUCCACUCCGUACUGUAACAACAUGAUGAAGAGUCUGGAGUCCAGCCCCAUCUCGCGAAUGAUCUGGCGGGCCCUGAAGCCUCUUCUGAUGGGCAAGAUCCUCUACACCCCCGACACGCCCGCCACGCAGAGGAUCAUCAAGGAGGUGAACAGGACCUUCCAGGAGCUGGGCGUCCUGAGGGACCUGGGGGGUAUGUGGGAGGAGAUGAGGCCCAAAGUGUGGAACUUCAUGGAGAACGGCGAGGAGAUGGACCUGGUUCGGACUCUCCUCCAGAACAAUGCCAGCGCCCGCUUCCUGAACGCCCAGCUGAGCAGCACGUCCUGGCGCGUGGAGGACGUCUCCAGCUUCCUGUCCAAGGCCUCUGAAGACACGCGCCCACAGGGGACUGCCGUCACCUGGAGGGACGUCUUCAACGAGACCGACCAGGCCAUCCAGACCAUAUCGCGCUUCAUGGAGUGUGUCAACCUGGAUAAGCUGGAGCCUGUCGCUAACGAGGAGAGGCUGGUGAACAAGUCCAUGCGCCUGCUGGACGACAGGAAGUUCUGGGCUGGGAUCGUCUUCCCAGACAUCCGGUCCAACAGCUCGGAGCUGCCACCCAACGUCAACUACAAAAUCCGCAUGGACAUCGACAAUGUGGAGCGCACCAACAAGAUCAAGGACGGGUACUGGGACCCAGGUCCCAGAGCUGACCCAUUUGAGGACCUUCGCUACAUCUGGGGUGGGUUCUCCUACCUCCAGGACGUCAUCGAGCACGGCAUCAUCCGGGCAAUCACCGGCAGCAAGGAGAAGACGGGGGUGUACAUCCAGCAGAUGCCCUAUCCCUGCUACGUGGACGACAUAUUCCUUCGCGUGAUGAGCCGGUCCAUGCCCCUCUUCAUGACCCUGGCCUGGAUGUACUCGGUGGCCAUCAUCAUCAAGGGGAUCGUGUAUGAGAAGGAGGCCCGCCUCAAGGAGACCAUGAGGAUCAUGGGAUUGAACAACCUAAUCCUGUGGCUCAGCUGGUUCAUCAGCAGUCUGAUCCCCCUGCUCAUCAGCGCCUCCUUCCUGGUCCUCAUUCUCAAGAUGGGAAACCUGCUGCCCUACAGUGACCCGGGGGUGGUGUUCCUGUUCCUGGGCUCCUUCGCCGUGGUGACCAUCAUGCAGUGCUUCCUCAUCAGCACCAUCUUCUCCCGCGCCAACCUGGCGGCCGCCUGUGGGGGCAUCAUCUACUUCACCCUCUACCUGCCCUACGUUCUGUGCGUGGCCUGGCAGGACUACGUGGGCUUUGGCGCCAAAGUCGUUGCGAGCCUUCUAUCCCCGGUGGCAUUUGGCUUCGGGUGCGAGUACUUCGCCCUCUUCGAGGAGCAAGGGGUGGGCAUCCAGUGGACCAACCUGCUCGCCAGCCCCUUGGAGGAGGACAGCUACAGCCUCACCACCUCCAUCGUGCUCAUGUACUUCGACGCCUUCCUCUAUGGACUCAUGACCUGGUACAUUGAGGCGGUCUUCCCAGGCCAGUACGGCAUCCCCAGGCCCUGGUACUUCCCCUUCACCAAGUCUUACUGGUGUGGGGAGAGUGGGGAGAAUGCAGCCGCUGCACUGGGCAAGAAGGGGAAUGCAGAUGCUGUGUGCAUCGAGGAGGAGCCGGCCCACCUGGAGCCUGGCGUCUACAUCGAGAACCUGGUGAAGGUGUACAGCCACGGGAACAAGCUGGCUGUGGAUGGGCUGAGCCUGGGCUUCUACGAGGGCCAGAUCACCUCUUUCCUGGGCCACAACGGAGCGGGCAAGACUACCACCAUGUCGAUCCUGACCGGAUUGUUCCCUCCAACGUCUGGCACCGCCUACAUCUUGGGCAAGGACAUCCGCUCAGAGCUGAGCACCAUCCGGAAGAACCUGGGCGUGUGCCCGCAGCACAACGUCCUCUUCAGCAUGCUGACCGUGGAGGAGCACAUCUGGUUCUACGCUCGUCUGAAAGGGCUGCCCGAGGAGGCGGUGAAGGCGGAGAUGGAGCAGAUCGUCAGCGACAUCGGCCUGCCGCACAAGCGCAAGUCCAGAACCAGCCAGCUGUCUGGAGGCAUGCAGAGGAAGCUGUCGGUUGCUUUGGCCUUCGUUGGAGGGUCGAAGGUCGUCAUCCUGGACGAGCCCACUGCUGGUGUGGACCCCUACGCCCGCCGAGGCAUCUGGGACCUCCUCCUCAAGUAUCGUCAAGGCCGCACCAUCAUCCUCUCCACCCACCACAUGGAUGAGGCCGACAUCCUGGGGGACCGCAUCGCCAUCAUCUCCCAUGGGAAGCUAUGCUGUGUGGGCUCCUCGCUCUUCCUGAAGACCCAGCUGGGCACGGGCUACUACCUCACCCUGGUCAAGAGGGACAUGGACCUGUCCCUCAGCUCCUGCCGCAACUCCAGCAGCACCGUCUCCUACAUCAAGAAGGAGGACAGCGUCUCUGAGAGCAGCUCCGACGCCGGGCUGGGCAGCGACCACGAGAGCGAAACCACCACGAUCGACAUCUCCCUCAUCUCCAACGUGAUCUUCAAGCACGUGCCGGCUGCACGCAUGGUGGAGGACCUGGGCCACGAGAUCACCUACGUGCUGCCCUACGAGUCGGCCAAGGACGGCGCCUUCGUCGAGCUCUUCCACGAGAUCGACGACCGCCUCUCCGACCUCGGCAUCUCCAGCUACGGCAUCUCUGACACCACGCUGGAGGAGAUCUUCCUGAAAGUAGCUGAGGACAGUGGGGUUGAUGCAGAACUUUCAGACGGCACCAUCCCGGCUCGCAGGAAUCGCAGGCAUGCUUUCGGAGAUCACCAGAGCUGCCUCAGGCCCUUCACCGAGGACGACGGCUUCGACUUCAAUGACUCCGAGGGAGACCCAGAAUCCCGGGAAACUGAUUGGCUGGGAGGUGCGGACGGGAAGGGCUCGUAUCAGGUGAAGGGGUGGAGCCUAAAGAGGCAGCAGUUUGUGGCCUUGCUGUGGAAGAGGUUCCUGUACGCCCGCCGCUCCAGGAAGGGAUUUUUCGCUCAGAUCGUGCUGCCUGCUGUGUUUGUGUGCAUCGCCCUGGUCUUCAGUCUCAUCGUUCCGCCGUUCGGGAAGUACCCCAGCCUGGCCUUGCAUCCAUGGAUGUAUGAUGAGCAGUUCACCUUUAUCAGCAACGACGCCCCUGAAGACACCAACACUCAGAAGUUACUGGGCGCUCUAACUGAUGAGCCCGGGUUUGGAACGAGAUGCAUGGAAGGAGAGGCCAUUCCGGACAUGCCGUGUGAGCCGGAGGAGCUGGAGUGGAGCGCCCCGCCCGUUCCGGCCAGCGUGACUGACCUCUUCCUGAACGGCAACUGGAGCAUGGAGAACCCUUCCCCACUGUGCGAGUGCAGCUGCGAGGGGCGCAAGAAGAUGCUGCCGGAGUGUCCCGUGGGAGCCGGGGGCCUGCCGCCCCCACAGAGGAAAAUCAGCUCGAAGGACACCCUGCAAAACUUGACUGGCAGAAAUAUUUCUGACUACCUGGUGAAAACGUACGCCCAGAUCAUUGGCAAAAGCCUGAAGAACAAGAUCUGGGUGAAUGAAUUCAGGUAUGGUGGAUUCUCACUGGGUGCCAGGAGCUCGCAGUUCCUUCCUCCAGCCGACGAGAUUGACGAUGCCAUCUCACACAUCAGGAGCCGGUUCAGCCUGGAGCAGGGCACCGCGGCCGACCGCUUCCUGAGGAGUCUGUCCGGCUUCAUCCAGGGACUGGACACAAAGGAUAACGUGAAGAUCUGGUUCAACAACAAGGGCUGGCACAGCAUCGGCUCCUUCCUCAACGUGAUGAACAACGGCAUCCUGCGGGCCAACCUGCCGGCCGGCGAGGACCCCAGCAAAUUCGGCAUCACCGCCUACAACCACCCGCUCAACCUCACCAAGGAGCAGCUGUCCCAGGUGGCACUGAUGACCACCUCGGUGGAUGUGCUGGUGUCCAUCUGCGUGAUCUUCGCCAUGUCCUUCGUGCCGGCAAGCUUCGUGGUCUUCCUCAUCCAGGAGCGCGUCAACAAGGCCAAGCACAUGCAGUUCAUCAGCGGGGUGCAGCCCUUCCUCUACUGGCUGGCCAACUUCGUCUGGGAUAUGUGCAACUAUGUCGUCCCGGCGACCCUCGUCAUCAUCAUUUUUGUCUGCUUCCAACAAGAGGCUUACGUCUCCUCCACAAACCUGCCAGUUCUGGCUCUCUUGCUGCUUCUCUAUGGGUGGUCCAUCACCCCCUUGAUGUACCCAGCCUCCUUCUUCUUCAAGAUCCCCAGCACGGCCUAUGUGGUCCUCACCAGCGUCAACAUCCUCAUCGGGAUCAACGGCAGUGUCUCCACCUUUGUCUUGGAGCUCUUCGGCAGCAAUGAGAUCGGCGGUAUCAACGACAUCCUGAAGAACGUGUUCCUGAUCUUCCCGCACUUCUGCCUGGGUCGGGGCCUCAUUGACAUGGUGAAGAACCAGGCCAUGGCUGACGCCCUGGAGAGAUUCGGUGAGAACCGCUUCCGCUCCCCACUGGCCUGGGACAUGGUGGGCAAGAACCUGUUCGCCAUGGCCGUGGAGGGCGUGGUCUUCUUCUGCAUCACCGUGCUCAUCCAGUACCGCUUCUGCAUCAAGGCCAGGUCAGUCAGCACCAAGCUGAGUCCCAUUGGCGAUGAGGACGAGGACGUUGCCAGGGAGAGGCAGCGGAUUCUGGGCGGAGGCGGACACACGGACAUUCUGGAGCUCAAACAGCUGACCAAGGUGUACAAGAGGAAGCAGAAGCCAGCCGUGGACCGCCUGUGCGUGGGCAUCCCACCUGGAGAGUGCUUCGGCCUGCUGGGAGUGAACGGAGCCGGAAAGACAAGCACAUUCAAAAUGCUGACUGGGGACUCUGUGGUCACAAGCGGAGAGGCCCAUCUGGCUGGGAAGAGCGUGCUGACAGAGAUCGACGAGGUGCACCAGAACAUGGGUUACUGUCCCCAGUUCGACGCCAUCAACGACCUGCUUACAGGCCGGGAGCACCUCGAGUUCUAUGCCAUCCUGCGGGGCGUUCCUGAGAAGGAAGUGUGUGAGGUUGCAGAGUGGGGCAUCCGGAAGCUGGGCCUGGCCAAGUACGUGGACAAAGCGGCCGGGAGCUACAGCGGCGGGAACAUGCGCAAGCUGUCCACCGCCAUGGCUCUGAUCGGCGGCCCGCCUGUGGUGUUCCUGGACGAGCCCACCACUGGCAUGGACCCCAAGGCCCGCCGCGCUCUCUGGAACUGCAUCCUCAGUAUCAUCAAGGAGGGGCGCUCCGUCGUCCUUACCUCCCACAGUAUGGAGGAAUGUGAGGCCCUGUGCACCAGGAUGGCCAUCAUGGUUAACGGCAGGUUCCGCUGCCUGGGCAGCGUCCAGCACCUGAAGAACAGGUUUGGCGACGGGUACACCAUCAUCCUCCGCGUGGCGGGCCCGGACCCCGACCUGCGCAAGGUGAUGGAGUUCAUCGAGACGGAGCUGCCGGGCAGCACGCUGAAGGAGAAGCACAGGAACAUGCUGCAGUACCAGCUGCCCUCCUCCCUCACCUCCCUGGCCCGUAUCUUCAGCAUCCUGGCCAAGAACAAGGAGCAGCUCCGGAUAGAGGAUUACUCCGUGUCCCAGACCACACUAGACCAAGUAUUUGUUAACUUUGCAAAGGACCAAAGUGACGAGGACCACUUAAAAGACAUUUCACUGAACAGGAAGGACGCCGUGGUGGACAUUGCACAGCUCGACACCUUCCUGCAGGAUGAAAAGAUUAAAGAGAGUUUCGUGUGACCGGGACGCCUCUCCACAACUGGAACUCUUGAAGCAGGAGUUUUUUUUAAUUCUUAUCUUGUUUAGUCCUUUUUUUCAUUUUUCGGCGGAGCGCGCACCCGAAAAGCAAGAGGAACUCGGAGAACGGAAGCACACCGUCGAAAUAAAGCUCAAUGCAAGUCAAUGCAAAAACGAAAAGAAAUUCCACUCUGUUGACGAGGAAGUGCCUGGAGCCCCUCGUCUGUUUUGAAGCAUAGCAAGUGCGAAACUUGAAUAUAUACGUCAUUUGUUCCUCAGCUAUGUUGUUGUGGGGCUGUAACAAUGUGUGCUUGUUACUCUAGGGUUUGCCAAUGAGUGUAAUUCCAAUCACUUGCUAUCGGCAGCAGAUUCAGGGCCUACUCUCUUUUGUACAGAGUACAGACAACUGAUAUCAAAGAAACACAAUCAUUCACAGGCUCAAGACCAAGAGCCAAAAGAAAAAAAAAUCUCAAUUUGUUAUCAAUUUGAUUUGAUUUUCUUUUGAUAUGCAACUUUGUAUCAAAAUAUAUAAACAGGUUUUUUGUGACCAGUACACUUCCUGAUGUAGUAGAUUGGGUUUUUUUUUUUUUACACUCCAAUCAGAAAGUCGUUGAAAGUGCAGAGCAUGCACCAUGGAAUGUACUGGACAGA